AUGUCUGAUAAUAAACCAUCUUCAGGUCGUCUUCGAUCUAAUUCGUAUGAUCAAGCUAUGUCCAGUGAAUAUCUAACAGUAAAUAAGCCAAUUGUGAAUAAUUCAUCUUCUGAAUUUGAUAGAAAAUCAUGUGAAACUAUCCAAAGAAAUAAUGAUGAUGAUGAUGAUGUUUAUUCAAUUAAAUGGAUUGAAUUUAAUCAUCAACGAUUACCUAUUUUAUUGCAAAAUAUGAAUGGACCUUGUCCAUUACUUGCUAUUGCAAAUAUUUUACUUCUAAGAAAACGAAUUUUUCUUCCUUCAAAUCUGAAUGUAAUUAGUACAGAACAUGUUAUAGCAUCCAUUGCUGAAUAUAUACUUCAAGUUGAUACAACAAAAUUAAAUGAUGAAAAACGAAUUAAUUAUGAACGUAAUAUACAAGAUGCACUAGCUGUACUUCCUAAAUUAAAAACAGGAAUGGACGUUAAUUUAAAAUUUAAUGGUGUAGAUAAAUUUGAAUAUACACCAGAAUGUAUUAUAUUUGAUUUACUUGGUAUACAAUUACUUCAUGGAUGGGUUGUUGAUCCACAAGAUAAAGAAUUACAAAAAAUAAUUCAAUCAAAUGCUUUAAGUUAUAAUCAAUUAAUCGAAAAAAUGAUUCCACAAACUGAUGAAAAUAUUUCUCGAGAAAGUUUAUUAAUUCAACAAUUUCUUGAAGAAAAUCGUUCACAAUUAACACAUUAUGGUAUAUUACAAUUAAAUACAAUAAUGGUUGAUAAUCAAUUAGCUGUUCUAUUUCGUAAUAAUCAUUUUAAUACAAUAUGGAAAAAUAAAAAUCAACUAUUUUUACUUGUUUCUGAUCAAGGUUAUCUAAAUCAUCCAUCAAUUGUUUUCGAAACAUUGACUGAUAUUGAUAAUAAUAGUACAUUUACUAAUGGUUAUGGUGACAUAUGGCAAAAAUCAGUGCCGGUUGAUACAACACGAGAUCGUGAUUUAGCAAUUGCGAUGCAUAAACAACAACAACGACAAUAUCGUGAAGAACAAUUAUAUCAGCAACAACAACAACAGCAUUCACAGAGAUAUUAUCAUGAAGAAAAUUCAAAUAAAUCCAGAAAAAAACAGAGACAUCCAUCUUAUGACGAUGAUCAAGAUUGUGCAUGUGUUUUAUCAUAA